UGAGUGUAAAACUGAAUUUGUUGAUCGAUGUAAUGUACAGGGGCCUGAAAAGUGAGAGGAGUCGAAGAUAGAGUCUCAAUGUAAUUAGGAGGAUACUCAUAGAGGCUAAGGAUUUUGACAACUUGUGACAUAAUUCCAUUGAAACGUAAAACAGACUCGGGAAGUGAUCAUCUAAUACAGGCUGAUUUAAUCACAUGCAGUUUUGGAUGAAUCAUUGCAGAUACACUUAUCUGCUAUUCUAACAAUAUGAUGUGUACAGACAACUUACAACAUUGCUUGUAAGCAAGUAAUACUACCACAACAAACAACAAACAAGGAUGGUCAGUAGCGCCUAUAAAAGGCCAGAUGCUUCAAACUUUUCAGGCGAGAUACAGGAGCAGCAGCGGGGCAAGCUUUACAACAGCAGUAGCACUAGCAGGAAAACCAUGUAUAUCAAGACUCGUGUAUUUGCAAAAUACAUGACUUCGUGGAUUCAAGAAAUCUUUCGUAAAGCCCCAAAGCUUUCAAGAAUACGUACUUUUGAUGGGCACUGCCACUGGUUUCUAUCGAUCCAAACCAGUCGUUGUUUU